AUGGGGCCCGCCCCCUCGGCUCCCUAUUUCUGGGUAGUCCUCUGGUUGUCUUCCCUGUGCCUCGGCGCCUGCUUUUACCAUAACUUCCAAGAGGCACAAGGAUUAGGCCAUCACACCUACUCCCGCUUCUCAGAGGUACAGCGGGAAUGCAACUCCAUUCUGUCGUCUCUUUCCGUGGUCAAGCUGGACCACGAUAUUCCCAGUGAGAUGAACCUCUACGGAGAAUGGGCACAGGACUCCAAUGACGCGCCUUUGAUGCCACUGUACAUGGGCCCCCACGACAAUUCUUCCGGGUCCCCCCGUCCUCAGUUCCGAGCGUCGUUCAGUGCGGUGGUGGAUGUCGAUGGAAAGGGACGAUCCCAAACCGCCAUGAAUAUGAGCGGCACCCUGACUCUGAGCAUCUUGAAAGAUAAAACAUGGAGAUGGAGAAACAAGGGGACUAAGGAUGGGUUUCUGAUGUUUGAAGGGUAUUCCCGGCUCCAGAUUGCCUUCGAAGGUGUGUAUUCCGAAUCAGAGGCUGAUGGAGAGCGUGUGAUGUGCCUGCUGGGGUCUGCCGAGCUCCCUUCUCGUGGGUAUGAUCCAGCUGAUCCAUGGAAAUUGAGGAAUGGUUCAGACAGAAGAGUGGAUCCGAUUCCCCUUCUAAAAGAUGAAAAAAUCGUCCUUGUUGUCCGCCGUCCCAAGUCAUUUUCCUUGACCAGAAGAGAAAUCAAAGGGGAGAUGAGGAGUCUUCACGACAAGUCAACCCCCGGGUACUUCGGCAAGAUGCAGAUCGCAUUCCAGCCGGAGCGUUACCCAAUGACGACGUAUAAAUUCGCAUCCGAAGAUAUCACCGCCAAAGACUGCAGUCCCUACGCUCGUCCGAACAAGUGGCUGGGUGAUCACAUUAACAUCUACAAGGGACCAAAUUUCUGUAAAAUUCUACAUCAGCUUGCAUACUACCAAGUAUUCACUAUGUUGCCGAACGGGAGAUGCGACUCCACAAAUGAUUACUGCCGGAAGAUGUGGCCAUUUCGAUCGGGGAACUUCAAUGCGACUCAUGGGAGCUUUGACAGUGUCAAGCUAAUCAUGACUGAGCUUAGGUGCAGGGCGAAGGCCGGCCCCAACGGCAGUAAUAUCUCUGCAAGGGUAGCCACUCUGUUGAAGGAGGUUCUGCCAUUGGAGAGCCAUUAUGAAGCGUCUGAAAGCACGAGUCUCUCUCGUCCGAUUGUUUCAUCAGAGGGGAUAUGGAACUCCUCCAGUGGGCAGCUCUGCAUGGUGGCUUGCGCCGGCGCGGAUCCCUCGAGGUGCAACCUCCGCAUCUGCCUUUAUGUGCCGACAUCUUUCUCCCUGACCCAGAGAAGCACCGUCUUCGGGAGCAUCUCCAGCAUCAGUAAGAGUGGGGACCCCUCCAACUUCUCCUUCUCGUUGGGACGGCCCAUACACGCCUAUGGACGACAGCUCACUAUGGACCUUAUAUAUGUGUUAUCGUAUGAGUACUCAAAGACGAAGCAAGCCGCCGAAUUUCUCCGUAGAGACGAGGCCCUCGGCCACGGUGGUGGUAUUAAAAAAGCUCUUCUCACUUAUCCGAGGAUGAACGAACGCGGUAACCUCUGCCGCGAUCUCGGGCUCUCCGUCUCUUUGUUCCCCGUCCAGAGGUCAGGUAGGUUCAGGGUGGAAUAUGUUCGACUUAGAAUACUUACGCUGGGCUCCAAGUUUUGCGACUCUGGUUUCUAUCAGUCGUCAGGAAACUCAUCGGACGAUCCUGCUCAAGCUGCCGCUUCACGUCUGAAUAUUUCAGCACAGCUCGAGAUCACCAAGACUCCUCGCAAUAGUUCCUUGAUGCUGUCCGUGGAGGGUCUGUACAGCCAGUUAACCGGAAAGAUGUACCUGGUCGGCUGCAGAGUCGCCGCUGUUCCUCGGAAAACAGUAUCCAACAUCACUGAAUGGCAACAUCUAGAUUGUGAGAUUAAGGUUGAGAUCCAGUAUCCGCCCACGACUCUCCGAUGGUUGAUUACGCCAACAGCCAAACUCUCAAUAGAAAGCAACCGAUCUAAAGACAACGAUCCCCUCUACUUCGGUCCAGUCAAACUUCAGACAUCCGCAAUUAUGUAUACUAGUCAAAGUAAAGACAUACUCUCCGAGAGAAAUGUGGAACUGUUCCUCAGGAUUUCAACGAUGUCAAUCGUCAUCGCAUGCAUACUGAGCCAGCUGUUUUAUAUCAAGGACGCAAGUGCCGCUGCCCCCUACGUAUCUCACGUCAUGCUGGGCGUCCAAGCUCUUGGGAAUGGACUUUCAUUGAUCACAGGGCCGGAGGCUCUCUUCACUAGUCAAUCGCAAAGGUCCUAUGCGUCAUCAUCUCAGUAUGAUCUCGGGAGUGACGGGUCAUUCCAAGUUGGGGAGUUUUUGGUGAAGUCCCUAGUACUGACGGCAUUUCUUCUCACUCUAAGACUCUGGCAGAAAGUGUGGGAGUCGCGCAUCCGGUUACCAAGACGGGUGCCGAGUGAUAAGCGGGUGCUCGUGGUAUGCUUGAUCCUUCAUGCGGUUGGAUUUCUGGUCACCCUCCUCAUAAAUCCAAAUACCCAUCUUCAUAAGCCUAUUCGAACAGACUUUAAUGUGAGUUCCCCAGGUCCAAGUCAGGGGAUUAAAGAUUGGGGAGCCCGAUUGGAGCAGUAUGCAGGUCUGGUGCAAGAUUUCUUCCUAAUUCCUCAGGUCAUAGGAAACAUAGUAUGGCAGAUCAGGUGCAGACCUCUGAGAAAAGCCUACUAUCUAGGGAUAACCUUGAUUAAGCUUCUUCCCCAUGCUUACAACUACAUUAGAGUUCCACCAAUGAACAUCUACUUUGACCAAGCGUAUGAGUUUGUGGACCCUGAUUUGGGAUUCUAUUUCAGAAUGGGAGAUGUUGUCGUAGCAUUAGUUGUAGGUUUACUGGCAGUCGUGGUCUAUCUCCAGCAGAGAUGCGGCAGCCAUGGGGAAACCAAACGGAUGUUGUGGUUGGGCCUUGGCAGGCUUUGGUCUCCGGCAUCGGGAGGUUAUGACAAGGUGGCCUCCAUGCUGUCGGAAUCGGAGCUUGUGGCUGGCGCAAUGGAGAUAGAAACGCCGGCAAAAGUAGGGACAGAUGCAGAAUAA